UAAAAUAAAAACCCAGAGGACCACAAUAGAAAUGCACGAGACCACGCGGAGAGAGAGAAAGAGACGCAAACUCCAAAUUUACAACAGCCGUCGGCCUGGACUGAACCCACGACCUUUUGCAUACCAGGCCGUGAGAGACACACAGAGAGAGAGGGGAGGAGGGGCCAGAGUUAAGCAACGCCGAUUGCCCUCCAGGCAGCUGACAGCAUCCCUGACCCUCGCUUCCACAAGCCAGAAGCGAAGUCUCUGCCCACACUCCGUCGUCUCAGUACUGUCUGCGAAGUCGGCUGCUGCUGCUGCUGUUGUUGCUGCUGUAGCUUCUAUAGCUGCUGUUGCUGCUGUUGCUGCUGCUGCUGUUGCUGCUGUUGUUGCUGCUGCUGCUGUAGCUGCUGUUGCUGCUGUAGCUGCUGUAGCUGUUGCUGCUGUUGCUGCUGCUGCUGUUGUUGCUGCUGUUGUUGUUGUUGCUGCUGCUGCUGUAGCUGCUGCUGUUGCUGCUGUAGCUGCUGUUGUUGCUGCUGCUGCUGUAGCUGUUGUUGCUGCUGCUGUUGCUGCUGUUGCUGCUGCUGCUGCUAUGGCUGCUCCACACUUGGAAGUCAAGACUAGUGCCAUGAUCGAAGCGUUCAACAACGUGAUGGAGGAGUCGGAGAAGUUACCCGAAGACAAGAAGCUGUCCGUGGUGGACGGAAUCAAGUACCCGAGUUUGCUGCAGGCAGACACUCUGAAGCUGCUGCCCGGCUUCGUGGCGCGGCCAGACGACGUCCUGCUGGUCACCUAUCCCAAGAGUGGCUGCAACUGGGUGUCGCGCCUGCUGCAGAACAUGAUGUACAUGGCUCACCCGGCCCUGGAGGAAGCGAUGAAGGGACACGCUCACCUGCCCCUCCUGGAGUUCGGGCCUCCAGGAAAGAUGAAGGACCUCGAUGUGGCCCCCUCUCCUCGCCUCUUCGUCACUCAUCUCUCCGAUCUCGUCCCGAAGGGGUUCUUCCAGUGCGGCUGCAAGGUGGUGCUCAUCUUCCGAGAGCCGAAGGACACGGCGGUGUCCUUCUACCACUUCUACAACAACAACCCGGGCCUACCCUCUGUCGGCUCCUGGGAUGAAUUCUACCGCAUGUUCAUGGAGGGAGACGUGGCUUGGGGUUCCUACUUUGACCACGUCAAGUUCUGGAGCAAACGCUGGGAGGACAAGAACAUCCUGACGUCGACCUACGAGGAGCUCAAGGCGGACCUGCCAGGGGAGCUUCAGAAGAUGUCCACCUUCCUGGGGCUGGGUCUGUCCGGGGAGCAGAUCUCCACCGUGGCUGACAACGGCACCUUCAGCGCCAUGAAGGCCAAGGCCGAGGCUGACAAUCUCAAGUUCGGCAAGGUGGUGUUCCGCAAAGGGGAGGUGGGCGAUUGGAAUAAUCAUUUCAGUGAGGAGCAGCGCGUGGAGCUGGAAGCAAAGUACGUGGAGACCCUCGGGGGUACGUCCCUGGCUACCCGACUCAACUACUAGACGACUACCAGUGCGUAUUGCGUAAAACUUCAGUGACCUCUCAACUGCCACAUUUCAACACAGGACUGCAGAAUCACUCGGCAGAUGUCACGACUGCCCGAGUGCCGUUGAAGACCACAGCUCGAUAGGAAGGAAUGAAUCGGCGUUAUGAAUGAGGAAAUGAAGGAGGGUUCGGUAACUGCCUGCAUAUUUGCCAUAUGUAUUGUUUUUUUUUCAACCCCGGGUGAGAACUUAGAGGAUCCAAGGAUGAGAGUCCACACCUGUAAACCCCGUAUUACUAUACACUACACUAUACACUACACUAUACACUACACUACUAUACACUACACUACUAUACACUACACUAUACACCACUAUACACUACACUAUACACUACUAUACACUAAACUAUACACUACACACUACACUAUACACUACUAUACACUAUACACUACACUAUACACUACUAUACACUAUACACUACACCACUAUACACUACACUAUACACUACUAUACACUACACUAUACACUACUAUACACUACUAUACACUAUACACUACUAUACACUACACUAUACACUACACUACACUAUACACUACUAUACACUAAACUAUACACUACACACUACACUAUACACUACUAUACACUAUACACUACACUAUACACUACUAUACACUAUACACUACACCACUAUACACUACACUAUACACUACUAUACACUACACUAUACACUACUAUACACUACUAUACACUAUACACUACUAUACACUACACUAUACACUAUACACUACACUACACUAUACACUACACUAUACACUAUACACUACACUAUACACUACACUAUACACUACUAUACACUACACUAUACACUACACUAUACACUACACUAUACACUACACUAUACACUACACUACAAACUACACUACUAUACACUACACUAUACACUACACUACUAUACACUACACUUUACACUACACUACAUACCCUUUAUCAGUGCCCUAUCUUAUUACAGCCCAAUUCAGACCUUACUGGUCACCCCGUGCCCGUUAUAAACUUCAACGUUCAUCCUACAAAGUCCCUUUACAAGGGAUGAGAAACACAAACAAAUUGACGCUAAUUUUGUUUUUGCCCCUAUCGAAACGGCAGUACGCCGUGUGGACUUGAACACUGAAUUUCCCUGUACAAGAAGAACCCGGGGUUUAACCCGUACGGGUUGACAGCUUCGAGAGUUCUAGAUUUGAAGCUUUCGUGACUGCAAGGAUUAAUAUUCUUAGGUUUUUUCCGGUAAAGUCACGUAGGUAAGACAUUUAAAAUUACAAUUUUUAAAAGUCAAAUAAAAAUUUAAUAAAAAUCACGACGUUUCGGAGGCAACACAAGCUUCCGUCUUCAGGUGGAACCGUCACAGCACGAUAGCUGUAUUAAUUUUAAUUUUUUUACCUACGUGACUUUACCGAAAAAACCUAAGAAUAUGAAGCUUUGAGAGUCGCCAUUGUGAGGGAUGUGAUGAGACUCUCAUACCAACAUUGGCAAAAGUAAAAAAAAAACUGAACAGAACGGGAAGGGCAAGGGAGCGAACAGGAAUCGCCGCCCCCCCCCCCCCCCCAAAAAAAACACAACUGCGUGGACCACGUGACAAAUCGAAUACCUUACACGGACACAAUGCGACGUGGUUUCACGCGGUUGCUUCGAACUGUUGCUGGCGUUGUUGCUCGUCCAGGGGUUCGGCAACCUGCGGUUUAACAGCGGUUACUUGCGGUGACUCUUUGGUUGCCCCCCACCCGCCCCCACUAGAGGCCGAUCAAAAUUCGGUUUCGGUUUCGGCGACGAAAGUUGGCAAAUAGCCUCUUUCGGCAAAGUUUCGGUUUCGGCCGAAAGUCAAUUUGUAACUUUCGGUUUCGGCCGAAACCAGAAACUCAGUUUCGGUCGGCCUCUAACCCCCACCCCACCACCCUUUGUGGGCAGCCGUUUAAAAAAUUAACUUAAAUCUUAUAACGUAAUUUCACAUAAAGAUAAUUGAUUAAAUGUGGUAGGGAAUGGGUUCACUGUGGAAUGUCUCGCUAGUGACAACAACAUUGUACAACUGUCGCAAACUCUCUAAGCGAGGACAUCUAUCUAUAUAUAUAUAAAAUCGUUCAUGUCUGUC